AUGUCCUAUGUGCACUAUAGAUUUUCCUCUAAACUCACCUUUGACACCAUAAUGUUUGAUGGGCUCCAUAUCUCCCUCUGCUACUUAAAGAAGCAGAUUAUGGGGCGAGAAAAGCUGAAAGCUGCUAAUAGUGAUCUGCAAAUUAUCAACGCAGAGUCCAAAGAAGAAUAUACUGAUGAUAAUGCACUCAUUCGUAAACAUUCAUCUGUGAUUGUCAGAAGAAUUACUAGCAGAGGUAUUAAGUCUACAAGCAAGACCUAUGUUAAACUGAGAAAUGAACCAGUGAUGGCAACUAGAAAACCUAUUGAUGACUCUUCUGCAUCUAUUUCUCUGGCCCAGAUUACAAAGACUGCCAAUCUGGCUGAAGCCAAUGCUUCUGAGGAAGACAAAAUUAAAGCAAUGAUGUUGCAAUCUAUCCGUGACUAUGACCCAGUCAAUUACAUGAAGAAAACUCUAGUCAGUCAGCCACUUCCGUCUUACAUCUGCCUUCGUUGUGGUAAACCUGAUCAUUAUAUUAAGAAUUGUCCAACAAUUAGGGAUAAGAACAUGGAAUCUGGUCACAGGAUCAAAAAAUGCAGUGGAAUUCCUAGAAGUUUUAUGAUGGAAGUGAAAUAUCCUAACAUGAAAGGUGCAAUGCUUACAAACACUGGAAAAUAUGUAAUACCAACUAUAGAUGCAGAGGCUUAUGCAUUUGGGAAGAAAGAGAAAUCACCCUUCUUACCAAAGGAAACAUUAUCACCUUCAGAAAAAGGUGAUUCUCUCCCAGAAGAGCUCUUGUGCCUCAUCUGCAAAGAUAUCAUGACUGAUGUAGUGCUCAUCCCUUGCUGUGGAAACAGUUACUGUGAUGAAUGUGUAAGAACAGCACUCCUGGAGUCAGAUGAGCAUACAUGCCCAACAUGUCAGCAAAACAAUGUUUCUCCUGAUGCUUUAGUUGCCAACAAGUUUUUAAGACAGACUAUUAAUAACUUUCAAUAUGGAACUAGCUAUCUAAAAAGACUAAGAAAACACUUACCUCAAACUACACCCCCAACAUCACAACGAAGACCACUCAUUCAACAGAACCUGCAGCCUAGGAUGAGGUCUCCCAUAUCAAGACAGCAGGAUCCUCUGUUUCCAGUGACAUCUUCCUCAGCUCACCCAACUCCCUCCAUAUCUUCAUUAACUUCAAAUCAAUCUUCCUUGGCUUUUUCAGUGCUUGGAAAUGCAUCUUCUGCCCCAGCUCCAGUACCUGAUAUAACUGCAACAGUAUCAACAUCAGUCCACUCAGAAAAAUUAGAUGUAUCCUUUCUGGAUUCUGAUAAAAAAUCAUUACCAGCUGCUGCACUUACAUCAGAACAUUCAAAUGGUGCCUCUUCAACUGCUGUUGUAGGAGAAAAGCUUUACCAGGUGCCAGUCCUUUCAUCUGGUCCAGUAAGAAUAAAGACUGGUUUAGGUCUUGGUCGACCAGGUUGGGAACAUUCCAACAAGCUUGGGUACCUAGUUUCUCCACCACAGCAAAUUAGAAGAGGAGAAAGAAACUUUUACAGAAGUAUAAACCUCAGGCAACACCACAACGAAAGAUCACAGAGGACUCAAGGCCCAUCACUACCAGCAACUCCAGGCUUGUUGCCUGUUCCACCAGCUCCUCUGUACCUACCUCCUCCACAUAUACUACCUCUUCCUCCAGGUGUACCUUACCCAAAGUUUUCUCUUCAGUUUCCUCCUGGAACUUAUCCAUAAACAGAAUAUAGUGUGCUUACCCUAGGGUUUCCCCCAGCUCCUGCCAAUACAGCAGGAGUGCAGAUUCCCCAUUCAAGUAUGAUACCUACAAAAGAAGCACUUCCUUUGAACAGGAAAGAAUUCUAUAGAGAACAAGGACUACAAAAGGAAGAGUCUAAAUUUCCCUAUAGUGGGUCAUCAUAUUUAAAAAGUUCAUGUACUUACCCAAAGUCAUGGUAUGGCUCAACAGGUUCACAGUCUUUUUCUAGGUCCUUCAGGUGCUCAUACCCUUGCUCCUAUUCAAGAUCACCCCCAUACCCCAGGAGAGGGAGAGAAAAGAGCAACAAUUACCAUUCAUGGUCCAGAACUCAUGGAUACCACAGAUCUAGGUCAAGGUAACCUCUAUAUAGUCGAUACCACUCAGAGUUUAGAUCUCCUCAAGCAUUUAAGGGACAGUCUCCUGUGGUAGUGGCUCCAGUAGACUCUAUGAGACAAAGUUUUACAGACUGA